UUCAAGGGUUUGUUCCUCGCCUCGCUCCAAAGACCGCACUUGUUUUGCGACUGCGGCAGUCUGAAGCUUGGAUUAGAAUAAACACGUUCCCUUCACCUCAGUGUAAAAAUUGCAGGUGCAGGAUUUACGGGAUGAAGUCAUUAGAAUGAAAGACGACGUCCUCCGACACUUGUUUUUUCAUCUGCGGACCACAUGAACUGCACACGGACACGCGCCAAAGUUAAUGGAUCGAUGAUGGUUGGAGAUUAAUUUGCUUCCUCGUCAGGCGUUUGCUUUAUUUUGUGGAAUAUAUUGAGACAUGGCAAAGAUGCUGUCCAUCCUCGCAAGAGUCGUGCUUUUCAAGAUACUGGCAGUUAUUGUCUUGCAAGCUGCUUCUAAUAACGGUAUCUUGGCGUCCCGCGCCAUGGUCCAAUUGGACUCAAAGGUGUCUGGCUCCCGGGGUUCCGCUGACUCACAGCUGUCUGAGACAACAGAAGCAAAGUCCAGACAAAAGCGCUGCACCUGCUAUUCCUACAAGGAUAAAGAGUGCGUCUACUACUGCCACUUGGAUAUCAUCUGGAUCAACACCCCCGAGCGCACUGUGCCGUACGGAAUGUCGAACUACAGAGGACGUCAGCGAAAACGACGUGGUGUUCAGCCGUCCCAACACGAGGGGGCAGAGACACCGCGCUGCCGUUGUGUUGUGACCGAUGCAGACCCGGAGUGUCGUGAUUUUUGUCUGUCAAGCUCCAUACAGAUCCUCCCAACCCGAAGUCGUCAUAAAAUUCCUGGACUUGGAUGACAGUUUGAUGCACCUCCAUCUUGUUCUCUUCUUCUUGGGUGAAUGGACCCUUCAUUUCUUUCCGUUUGGCACUUUGCCUUCCCAGGUACGCACAGGGAAAGAACUUUGGAGUUUAACACUGCCGACAUUCCUCAGCAUCAUAACUCUUGGAGCAAGUUGGUUUCAAGAACUCAGAAACUUCAGCAAAUGUGAUACAGACCGCGGAGCCUAUCCCCUUUCGAUCCCAUCUGAGAGCCUCAUGAGGAGAACUUUAACCACAGCAUACUAGCUGGUGACCUUUUGUUAUGCAAAGCUCGUUUAGACCCACCCUUUGCGUUCAUAUGUAGUUUUAUGAACUGCCUUUGACUCAGUCUUUAAAAAUAAUGAGAUCAUAUCAAUGUAUAUAGGAAGACGGAGGCAUUUUUGCAAAAAUGCUGUAGAGGGAAAAGCGCCAGGAGGAGCUAUGUAAAGCAGGGUGAAGCCAUGAUAUUUUGAUGUUUUGCAUGGAGAAUACCACUUGUGUUAUGAGGCAUAUUACUGAGUUUUGGUUUAUAAUAUUAUGUAGCCUGUAUGGAGGGCAUUUAAUUAUAUUAUUUGUUAAAACCAUUAUUGAUGUUCAUCAAGCUUUCAUCUCAGUUCCACAGCAAACUCAGAUUAAUAGCAACUUCAGAGCCAGUGAACUGCUUUAUGGUGUAUAGCUAGGAUUCAUGUAAAAAACAACUAUGCGAUGCAUCUUAUUAUAUCAUUACCCUUCAGCUGAGCAAUAAAUACAUUUAUUCAGUGUCCUCUAACAGAUUCUGAGCAAGCAAACUUUGCUUAUUUAUUCUCUAAAAUGUUUGCACCUUUCAGAAUUUAGAGUAAAAGUAACAAAAAUAUUCUCACAGCAGAAAAACUGCGGUUAGUAUAAACUAAAGCCAAGUCAGAUUACGCAGACUGCUCUAGAAAAUCAAACAGGAAAAUUACAGGAGUAAAUGUUAGUGUCUGUUGCUUAAUUUAUGGAGUUUAAAAUGAGGAAGCUCUAAUAAUUGACUUAUAUUAGGCCCUCGAGCUUAAACUAGCAUUACAGUGUUUUUCACAUAUUUCAUGUGUAGUCACAGGUUCAGGAAUGCAGCUCCUAAAUUAAACUUGUCACAAUUGGCAUCUCUGUGCAAGAAAGAUAAGAAAAAGGAUGAGAGGCCGUGAACAUUAAGCAAUGUGAUAAUAUUGAUUGUGGGGAAAAAAGUAGUAUUGUUACACUUAAAGAGCUACUUUUUAAUGUGAGGAGAACAAGACCGUGUCUAUAGUUUUAUAGUUUAGUUUUGUUAAAGAAUCCAGUGUUGAUAUGUAACAUAUUGGAUGCACAGAGUCAAAACUAUGCAUACAUUUUCCAAAUUACACAUAGACUUUCAAAAAUCUCCUCACUUUGUGUUGUAUGUACAGUGUGUGAGUGUGUGUGAAUUGUAUUUACAUUUAAAAGCUCGUAUUCCCAUUCCUUAAUCAACCGUUAAACAUAGCAGGUCAAUAAAAAACAGUAUGACAAAACAUCAUUAACACUGGCAGUAGCAGUGGUUUAUUAUAGAGAUGAAAUAACUUUUCUUCCUGUAAGACUGGUAACUUUAUAUAAUCUGUUAGCCAGUAAUAGUGACUAUUUUCAUGCUAUUUACUUGUUGUACGCUUUUUAUUAAAACAGGUGUGACUCUUAAUCUUUGGACAAGAUUUCAGGAGAUAUGAGGAGCAGUAAACAGAGUCAUUUACAUGUAAAUCCUUUCAGUUAUAUAAGUGAACCUUUUUAUAUGGUGUGACAAAAUUUCGCACUUCUUUUUCACCAUUAUGUAAAUCCUGCUUUUUCUUUAAAUUCUCUUUCUGUGUAUUUGGUCCUCACACCAUACAAAUACUUCAUUACACACAUACAACUGCCUCAGACUGCGUAAAUGUACAAUAAGUACCCAGACCCGGUGAAGUGAAAUUCUUUCAUCAGAAAUGGAGCUUCUCUGGUCUAGAAAAGUGGUUUGAUGUGGGGAAGUACUGAGAACAGCACAGCUGAGUAGCCUCAGGGUUUAUUGUCUGUUUAUUGUCUGCACAAGGUCAAUCACAGUGCUUUAACUCUUUUCACCAAAAAUUACUCACUCGUAGCGAUCACAUGUGCUGAGUUGAAUUUAUGAUAUCUACGCUGUAGCCCAACUCAUGUUCAGAUUGUGAGAUGGGAACUGCCGCCACAUGUAUACAAAUAUUUUAUCUCUCUAAGCCAGUCCACCAUUGUACAGUAUUUAAUACAUUUAAAAUCUAAAACUUGAUAUUAUUAAUUAUACAAGUUUCAUUACCUGCUUUUUUCCCUUGUGCUAAAAAAAAGAUGAGCAAUAAAUAAAGCGAAUACCAGGAGUUACAAAGUUUUUCAGCAGAUACUGUGAGAAGCUGAUAUAAGCUUUCUUUCAAUCUUGAUAUCUUGAAAUAACAAAGUUAUCCAGAUAAUAGGAUAAUGUCCUUGUAAUCUAUGCAAAAGAAAAUAUUUCUCCAUGUGAUCACGAGAUAAUUUUCUAAUUAAUUUGAGUCUUUCUUUUCUCAAGAACAGGAGGAAAAUGUCUUUUCAUUAUAAGAAAACAUGUUGGCUAUCCUGAGAUUGUGAGAUAAUUUGCCUUGUGAUAACAUAUUUUUAAAAAUCGCGACCAUGGUCACUUUUUGCUGUUGUUGUUG